AUGGCAAUGUCAGGGAUUUUGGUUAACGGUGUGACUGAAAUCUUGAAGAAACUGCUCCCAGUUGUUUCUCAACAGAUUACUCACGCAUGGGGUGUUAGGGAUGAUCUUAAGAAACUUGCGAGAACCUUGGAGUCGAUUCAAGCUUUAAUUUCUGAUGCCGAGGAGAAACAAAUAACUGAUCCUACUGUCAAACUUUGGUUGAGAAGGCUCAAAGUCGUCGUUUACGAUGCCGAUGAUGUUAUGGAUGAAUUCUGUUACCAAACCAUGCGUAGUCAAGGUAGAGGAAGUCAGCUCAAGCACAAAGUACUAGAUUUCAUUAGUAAAACCUCCAAUCCACUUGUUUUUCUGUUUAAGAUGGCCGAGAGAGAAAGAGUUGCAGAGAAAGAAGAAGGCAUUUCUAGAGAAGAAGGGAAGAGGAGGCGGAUUGAGUUAGACACUCAAGAAUAG